GAACAGAUCAAAAAGAGAUUUGAUUCAGAUGUUGGUCCAGCGAGGUUAUGAAUCUGAUCCAGUAAAAGCCUGGAAAGAAGCACAGGAAAAGGCAGCAGAAGAGGAGGAUCCACAGAACCCAAAUGAUGAUGCUUCUUCUGCUUCCGGCUCAACUUCUGGCCCUGACUUUAAUUAUAUCUUAAACAUGUCACUGUGGUCACUCACGAAAGAGAAAGUAGAAGAGUUAAUUAAGCAGAGGGAUUCAAAGGAGAGAGAACUAAAUGACCUUAAAAGGAAAUCUUCUUCAGAUCUCUGGAAGGAAGAUUUAGCAGCCUUUGUUGAAGAGCUUGAAAAAGUAGAAGCACAGGAAAGAGAAGAUGUUUUGGCUGGCAUGGUGGGCAAACCAAUAAAAGGCAAAGUUGGUAAACCCAAGAUGAAGAAACUUCAGUUGGAAGAGACCAUGCCAUCACCAUUUGGCAGAAGAAUAGUUCCACAGAUUACAUCUGCCAUGAAAGCUGAUGCCAGUAGGAAAUUGCUGAAAAAGAAAAAGGGUGAAACUGAUUCUUUAGCAAUAAAAAUGGAAUUCGAUGAAGAAUUUAGUGGUGUGCCAGCUGAGGGUGGUGGGGAUGACUCACUGAAUCCAUCAGUCACAGCAGCUAAACCCCCUAAACCUAAGAGAGAGAAGAAAGAGCCUGGUACUAGGGUAAGAAGAACACCAUCAUCUGCAAAAUCCAGUGCAAAAAAAGUGAAGAAACGAAACCCAUGGUCAGAUGAUGAAUCCAAGUCUGAAAGCGAUUUAGAAGAGAAUGAGCCCGUGAUUAUUCCAAGAGACUCUCUGCUUAGGAGAGCUGCAGCUGAGAGGCCCAAGUAUACUUUUGACUUCUCAGAAGAAGAUGAUGAUGCCGAUGAUGAUGAUGAUGCCAACAAUAAUAAUGAUUUGGAUGAACUCAAAGUAAAAGCCUCUCCAGUUACAAAUGACAGGGAGGAUGAGUUUGUUCCCUCAGACAGUUUAGAAAAAGAUGAAUAUGACUUCUCCCCAGCCAAACCAAAGCCAUCUCCAGACAAAACAAUAUCUCAAGACAAGAAAAAUCAAGAUUUUGGGAACAUCUUCUCUUUUCCAUCUUACUCUCAGAAGACAGAUGAUGAUACAACAAAAUUGGACAGUGAUGAAGAGGAUUCUGCUCCUGUUUUCUCAUCAUCUUUUGCCCCAAAACAAACAGAGAAAAUUCCAAGUAAAACAGUAGCUGCUAAAAAGGCAAAACUAGAUGUGCCCCCUAAACUUAAAAGAGCUCCCAAGGCCAAGAAGGUGGAAACUGUAAACUCUGACUCGGAUUCAGAAUUUGGCAUUCCAAAGAAGACGGCAGCACCCAAAGGAAAAGGUAGAGGGGUGAAGAAAAGGAAAGCAUCCAGUUCAGAAAAUGAAGGUGAAUACAACCCUGGGAAGAAAACACCUAAAUCAACACCAAGCAAGAAAGCCAAGAAGGCUGCUUUUGACCAGGAUUCUGAUGUGGAAAUCUUUCAGUCGGGCUUUGCCUCCGAAACUGCCCCAAAGCCACGGACAGGUCGGGCUAGAAAAGAAGUUAAAUAUUUUGCAGAGUCUGAUGAAGAUGAUGAUUUUGAUAUGUUUAAUUAAGUGCCCAAAGAGCACACAAAUGUUUUCCAACAAAUAUCUUGUGUUGUCCUUUUGUCCCUUCUGUCGCAAACUUUUGUACAUUUGACUUAUUUUAUGUGAUAAUGUAAUUGAUGGUUUUUAUUAUUGUGUGUAGGCAUUUUAACAUUUUGUUCUUACACCUACAGUUUUAUGGUCUUUUUUACUCAUUGAAAUGUCAUGUAUUUGUCUGACUGGCUUGUAGAGAUGUUCUAGACAGCUGUGCUAAAGCACAUUUUAAUUGUCAUGGUUGCAAACAGCAAACCUGCUUUUUGAAAUGAAGUUUAAACAUUAAAAAAAUGGAAAACUA